AUGCUAUUGGAGAUUCCCACAUUGUACUACACUAAUGCAAACAUAAGGACUUAUACGGAGAUAUCGGAGCUAGGCCUCUCACACUGCAGGUUGGGGCGUAGCACAUCCCCAGGUUUCUCAGCGGGACUUUCUCCCUUAAGAAUCAGCCAUCACAUUCACGUUGCAGUGACCACAGUCAAUUCAACACAGCGUCUGUUGCCCGCUACUCGCUACAGUGACACCUACAUCUCGUCUAACCUCUUUUUUUGGCCCCUCCCUACAUCUACGGAUUUUGUGAUCGAGUUCCUCGAGUCCACAUCAUCCACAGAGCACAAUGUUGCCCUCGAUCUCAAGCGUUUGGACGCAAAUGUCUACAUCGUCACCGGCUCAAACACCGGCGUCGGCAAGGAAUUGGCUCGGAUGCUCUACUCCAAGAAUGCAAAGGUCUACAUCGCUGCACGCUCCGAGGACAAGGCAAACAAGGCAAUCGAGGAGAUCAAAAAGUCUACGCCCGCAUCCACAGGAGCAUUGGUCUUUUUGCGUCUGGACCUCAGCGACUUAACCACGAUUAAGGCAUCAGCUGAAAGCUUUCUCUCCUCAGAGAGAAAGCUCCAUGUCCUCUUCAAUAACGCCGGCGUUAUGACGCCGUCCCAGGGAGUGUCCAAGACUGCUCAAGGCUAUGAACUUCACCUCGGUGUCAACAACAUAGGGACCUUCAUGUUCACAAAACUACUAACCCCAACCCUCGUUACGACAGCCAAGUCAGAGCCGCCAAAUACAGUUCGCGUGGUCUGGGUUUCCUCGUCCGCGACGGAAUUCUUCGCCCACAAAUCCCUGGGCGUUCUGCUGGAUAAUUUGGAUUAUCAUAUCGAUAAGUCGCCUCAUUACAAGUAUGGAAUUAGCAAAACUGGCAAUUAUCUACAUGGUGUCGAGUUUGCAAAACGAUACAGGGCCGACGGUGUCAUCAGCAUCCCGUUAAACCCGGGAAAUCUUUCCUCGGAGCUCUACCGAAAACAAGGGGCCAUGUUUCGGUUGAUGGUCAAGCUUAUUGCCUAUCCACCCGUCUUUGGUGCAUAUACCGAACUCUUUGCCGGUCUAUCACCGAAGGUCACGAUUGACAAGUCUGGAAGCUGGGGGGUCGAAAAGGACGAGGCACAGUGCAGCCUCAGCCUGAAAUUGAGUGUGACGGGGUUCUCCCAUGGCUCGGACAAUGGCAGUCAAUGGGGUAGCUCCAGUGGGACUACUGCAUCCUCCACAUCAGCUACAUACGUACUAAGAUUGGCGUGCAGAUGGGACGAUCUGGGGACUCUAGCGAGAAGCAGGGGGCUCAGCUACGGCUGGGGGGUAGACAACGCUAAUAAUACCUCCUUGAGCCCGGACAGGAGGAUUCUUUUAGAUGAAGCAAUCACGAAUGCUACAGAUGAGCAACAGUUAAUAACCUAUCUAGUCGGUCCGUGGUUGACAUUCAUCCAGAGCAUCAAUGACGAUUUGGAUCCUGGCAGUCGAGAGCCAAUAUUAUAUAACCCUACCUGA